AUAGGCCUUGCGUAGUUCCAGGAGGUUGUUGUGUUUUUCUCUGCUGCUGCGCCACUGAUUCACAUCCCGAGAUAUUCAGAGUUUAACGGAGAGACUCAGAGUUUAACGGGACUAAAUACAUCCAGAUAUAUUCAGUGUUUAACGGGACUGAGUUCACCGUAGAGAUGUCCGGAGGAACCCAUCUGGAGAACGCGAACCCGGUGAUCUUCCAGCGGUCCGGAGACAGACUGAUGACUCCGAGAGACGAAGACGAAGACAUCCACGACCCCAUCGACCCCCGAGAGAUCUUCGAUCUGAUCAGAUCCAUCAACGACCCGGAGCAUCCUCUGUCUCUGGAGGAACUCAAUGUCGUGGAGCAAGUCCGAGUCCAGGUUAAUGAUGCAGAGAGCAUUGUGGGUAUUGAGUUCACGCCCACCAUCCCCCACUGCAGCAUGGCAACACUCAUUGGCCUGUCAAUCAAAGUGAAGCUGCUGCGCUCGCUGCCAGACCGAUUCAAAAUUGACGUCCACAUCACUCCCGGGACUCACGCCUCAGAGGAAGCAGUGAACAAACAGCUGGCAGACAAAGAGAGAGUUGCAGCAGCUCUGGAGAACUCCUCUCUGCUGGAGGUGGUCAACCAGUGCCUGACCCCCCCUAAGGGCGUCUGAGCAGCCAAUCAGCUUCAUCGUCUUCUGCUUUCAGCCACUGAUCAGCCAAUCGUGUUCGGCUCUGUCUUUGACGACUGAGGUGUGUUUGCCAAGCUCUGUGUCCGGCCGCCCAUCACCAAUAAAGGUGUGAAUAGCUGCAACUGGCGGACACUGAUGCAGCAAACCCAAUUAUUGAAUGUUUCCUCCUAAAGAGAGCCAUACAGACGGCUAGUCAUCAUGCAGAACAGUCUGCACAAAGCAGUAUUAGUAAUUCUACUUCCAUCUGUGAAUUUUUGUGGUGAAAAAGUUGAGAAACUCUGUCCGUCAGGUCAUUCAGUGUAUUUCCUGUUUUAUAUUAUUAAUCUGUAUUCUAACGGAUGCAAUGAAUCAUUUUUAGAAUAAUAUUUGGACUCAACAUCUGCAGCAACAAUCCACACACGUAUAUAAUAUUGAUGCUUUUGACAUCAUAUUAAAAAUGUAUAGACCAGAAAUUACAAAUAAAAGAUGAAGAUAUU